AUGAAGAGAAAGGCAGGCUCCCGCGCCGAUGCCUCGGCCGCCAUCAGCAAGAAGCCCAAGCCUUCUCUCAGCGCAGAGGUGGCCAAGGAGCGCUUCCGUGCUGGACUCUUUGACAAGGACGUGCUCAACUCGUACACGGAGCAGUACGCCGAGUCUGCGCCCUACAAGCAUGCCGUCAUCAACGGCCUCGUCAACGACGAGCUCCUCCGGUCGGUGCGCGCCGAGAUCAAGGCCAACGUCGAGUUCACCCCCAAGGAGACCGACAUCUACAAGAUCCACCAGUCGGGCGACCUGGCCAACCUCGACGGCCUCGACGACGAGUCCCUGUCCAAGCUCCCCUCGCUGCUCAAGCUCCGCGACGCCAUCUACUCCGAGUCCUUCCGCGACUACGUCUCCCACAUCACCGCCUGCGGUCCCCUGAGCGGCCGCAAGACCGAUAUGGCCAUCAACAUCUACACACCCGGUUGCUACCUGCUCUGCCACGACGAUGUCAUCGGCAGUCGCCGCGUGAGCUACAUCCUCUACCUCGUCGACCCCGAUAACACUUGGAAGCCCGAGUGGGGAGGUGCUCUCCGCCUCUUCCCCAUCCAGGAGCUCACGGACAAGCACGGUGAGGUCGCCAAGACCCCUCUGCCCGAUGUCACAAAAGUCAUUCCCCCGGCAUGGAACCAGCUGAGUUUCUUCGCUGUUCAGCCUGGUGAGAGUUUCCACGACGUCGAGGAGGUCUACCACGCCGAGACCAAGAAGCAGCUCGAGAAGGAUGGCGGCCGUGUUCGCAUGGCCAUCAGCGGCUGGUUCCACAUCCCCCAGCUCGGCGAGGAGGGCUACAUCGAGGGCGAGGAGGAGAGGAACGCAAAGAACAGCGGCCUCAUGCAGCUGCAGGGCAACCCAGCUCAAUACGACAUGCCUCAGCCCUUGGUUAUCAAGGUUGAUAGCUCGCAGAUGGGCCAGGAGGGCUUCGAUGAGGCUGAUCUCGAGUUUCUGCUCAAGUACCUCUCGCCGACGUACCUGGUGCCUGACACCCUGGACCAGAUCUCAUCGCACUUUAACGAGGUGUUUGAGAUCACCCUGACCGACAUUCUCUGCAAAAAGUUUGCCAAGCGCCUCAGGGCCUAUGUUGAAGCUGAGGAGAAGAAGCCCACACCAGAGGACACUCCCACGAUAGAAAAGACGUCGUCGUGGCGUGUCGCGAAGCCUCCUCACAAGUACCGCUACCUCUAUCAGCAACCCAGCGGCCCUGACCAGCUGCGCACUUCCCAGGAAGAGUCGCCCAUCACGGAGCUUCUCGACAUAUUCCUCCCCAGUCGUCAAUUCCGCCAAUGGCUCCAGAUGGCGACCAACACCACCAUUGAGAGCGCGGAUCUCCUAGCUCGUCGCUUCCGCCGAGGACUGGACUAUACCCUGGCUACCGGCCACGAGGGCAAGGCGCGCGUCGAGAUUAACCUGGGCUUCACCCCUACCCCUGGUUGGGGCGACGAUGAGGAAGAGGAGGAGGAAAAUGAAGAAGCCGAGAAGAAGGGUAAAGAGGCCAAGACUAAUGGUAAGGGUAAGGGUAAGGCCGUUGAGAAGGAUGAGCCUGCACCCAAGGAGGCCGACGAGGUUGGUGGCCAGGAGAUCUUCAUGUCUGGCGACAACGACGCCGAUGAGGAUGCUGCCGUGUACCAGACAGGCAACGACGACGACAACAUCCUCUUUUUUCAGGCUGCUGCUUGGAACAAGAUGACCAUCGUCCUGCGCGACAGCGGCGCCCUCAAGUUCAUCAAGUACGUCAGCAAGAGCGCCAAGGGUGACCGAUGGGACAUCUCGGGCGCCUUUGAGAUUGAGGAGCAGGAGGACAGUGACGAUGAGAAUGCCGACGCUGACGAGGGUCCUGCACCGGACGAGUCUGAGGAGGAGGAGUUUCAGGGCUUCUCGCCCGACGUGCAGAGCGAUUCUGACUAA